UUGCGCGUGUCCGCCGCUGGCUCCGCUCUAUCCGGCUUUGCUAGGGGAGGUGAGUCCGGCCGCGGCGGCACCGGCGGCUGAGGAGGCGGCGGCUCGAGGAGAAAGCGGCCGCGGCGGCUGAGGAGAAAGCGGCCGCGGGGACGGAAGCCGGGUGGGGGGGAGGGGGGGAGACGGAGCAGCCUUGAGCCCUGUGGGGGCCGUCGCGCGGGGGGACCCACCCGCUCUCCCCCCCAACCCUCCUCAGCAGAAGCAGCCGGCGGCGGGGGCAGGAGUCAGCCCGCUUCCGACUGCACCCCGCCCGUCUCCCGGGGCUCCCAUUCUUUGGCCCCGGGACCCUAACCUCCUCCCGGGGCGGUUCCCUCUGUCUGGGCGUCCGAGUGCUGCCCACCUCUCUUUCAUUGCUCCCCGCACCUCCUUACCUUCACUUUGCCCCGGUUCUCUUUCUCCUCUCUGUCCUGCCCUGUCGCCUCCUCUGCUCACUCUGUCCCUCCUGCCUCCUUCCCUGGCUCUUUUCUGUUCGGGAAAGUUUAGUACCCCCCCCCCCCCCCCCGCCCUUCCAAUCAGGUCAACCUGACGAGGAGUAGGGGGAGAUGUAGGAAGGCCUGAGAGUUCGAGGGGGGGAGCUAGUUUCCCUGAACAUUUCCCCCCAUCUUUUCACUUUGGGUGGUUGGAAUUUUUUUCAGUUGCAUUUUUGAGGUGGUAGGUGUUUGAAAAAGGAUGUGGGAAUGGAAGGGGUAGAUGAGUCAAGCCUCUUACAAGAUUCCCAGGGUGGUGUGUUACCUGAUCCUUUUCGCGUGUGGAGUUCAGGGGGUCGGGAGGUUUGGCCUUUAUUCCCACAUUCAAAGUUGGAACCUCCCCCGAAUUAAGGAUGGAGUUUUAGUACCCGCUUGUGGCAGGAAACCUGGGGGGAAGGGGUCCCUUUUUCCUUUUUCUUUUUCUUUUUCUGUUCUCUUUUCUUUUAUUUUUGGGGGCAACCCACACCCUUCCACACACACUCACCCCCAAAUUAAACACCAAGAUCCUCUAACUUGUCUGGAUUGACUGAUGAAGACAUAAAGCCACUUACGCUCCAUGUUUUUGGAGGUGGAGUGAGUGGGUUUUUUCUUCAUUUUUAAAUGGCCAAAUGACAGCUUGACCCAGUUUGCUUUCCAAUCAAAGGGCAUUUUUUUUUGAAUGUCUCUUUGUGGCGCAAGAGCCAACGCAAAAAUGAUGGCGGCUUACAAUGGCGGUACAUCUGCGGCAGCAGCAGGGCACCACCACCACCAUCACCACCACCUUCCACACCUCCCUCCUCCUCACCUUCACCACCACCACCACCCCCAGCACCAUCUUCAUCCCGGGUCGGCUGCUGCUGUCCACCCCGUACAGCAGCAUACCUCCUCGGCAGCUGCGGCAGCCGCAGCAGCGGCCGCAGCUGCAGCCAUGUUAAACCCUGGGCAGCAGCAGCCGUAUUUCCCAUCACCGGCGCCGGGUCAGGCUCCUGGACCGGCUGCAGCAGCCCCAGCUCAGGUACAGGCUGCCGCAGCUGCCACAGUUAAGGCGCACCAUCAUCAGCACUCGCAUCAUCCACAACAGCAGCUGGAUAUUGAGCCGGAUAGACCUAUUGGAUAUGGAGCCUUUGGUGUCGUCUGGUCAGUAACAGAUCCAAGAGAUGGAAAGAGAGUAGCACUCAAAAAGAUGCCCAACGUCUUCCAGAAUCUGGUCUCUUGCAAAAGGGUCUUCCGGGAAUUGAAGAUGUUGUGUUUUUUUAAACAUGAUAAUGUACUCUCUGCCCUUGACAUACUCCAACCUCCACACAUUGACUAUUUUGAAGAAAUAUAUGUUGUCACAGAAUUGAUGCAGAGUGACCUACAUAAAAUUAUCGUCUCUCCUCAACCACUCAGCUCAGAUCAUGUCAAAGUUUUUCUUUAUCAGAUUUUGCGAGGUUUGAAAUAUCUCCAUUCAGCUGGCAUUUUACAUCGAGACAUUAAGCCAGGGAAUCUCCUUGUGAACAGCAACUGUGUUCUAAAGAUUUGUGAUUUUGGAUUGGCCAGAGUGGAAGAAUUAGAUGAAUCCCGUCACAUGACUCAGGAAGUUGUUACUCAGUAUUAUCGGGCUCCGGAAAUCCUGAUGGGCAGCCGUCAUUACAGCAAUGCUAUUGACAUCUGGUCUGUCGGAUGUAUCUUUGCAGAACUACUAGGACGAAGAAUACUGUUUCAGGCACAGAGUCCCAUUCAGCAGUUGGAUUUGAUCACAGAUCUCUUGGGCACACCAUCACUGGAAGCAAUGAGGACAGCUUGUGAAGGUGCUAAGGCACACAUACUCAGGGGUCCUCAUAAACAGCCAUCUCUUCCUGUACUUUAUACCCUGUCUAGCCAGGCUACACAUGAAGCUGUUCAUCUCCUUUGCAGGAUGUUGGUCUUUGAUCCAUCCAAAAGAAUAUCCGCUAAGGAUGCCUUAGCCCACCCCUACCUAGAUGAAGGGCGACUACGAUAUCACACGUGUAUGUGUAAAUGUUGCUUUUCCACAUCUACUGGAAGAGUUUAUACCAGUGACUUUGAGCCCAUCACCAAUCCCAAGUUUGAUGACACUUUUGAGAAGAACCUCAGUUCUGUCCGACAGGUUAAAGAAAUUAUUCAUCAGUUCAUUUUGGAACAGCAGAAAGGAAACAGAGUGCCUCUCUGCAUCAACCCUCAGUCUGCUGCUUUUAAGAGCUUUAUUAGUUCCACUGUUGCUCAGCCGUCUGAGAUGCCCCCAUCUCCUCUGGUGUGGGAGUGACGGUGGAAGAUAAUGUACUACUGAAGAUGUAAUGUAGCUUUCCACUGGAGUCUGGGAUUUGCAAUUCUGGAGGUUAAUCAUGCUUGUACUGUAAUUUUACUAAUGAAGUUUUAAAUUAACAACCACUACUUGUAUGAUACGAAUAAUAUUUAGAAAUGUUACUAGACUUUUAAUCUUGUAAAGUGGUUGUGCUUUUAGAAGAAAAAUAUUUUACCCAGAGUUGCACAUGUUUUAUGAAUUUAGUGCAGCUGUUAUGGCUCACCUCAGAACAAAAGAGAAUUGAACCAAAUUUGAGAGUUUGGGGUUUUGUGUUUUUUGUUUUGUUUUGUUUUUCUUUUUUAAAAUGAAGUGAGAUUGUUCACACACACACACACACACACACACACACACACACACACACACAAAGGACAGUCAUACAUUUUGAUAUUUGAGCCAUUCCUGAAAAUUUGGGGUUCUCUAAAACGAAAGAAUCUGGAAACCUUGCCUGCGACCAAUCAUGGAGCCACGUGAGCUGAUCGUGGCUGCACCUCGGGAGGGGGAGGGGGGAGGGGCAUGCCACCUAAUGAUCAAGCCCUAUAAUUAGCUUCUCAUUAGAGCCGUGACGGUGAUGUGUGCUGUCUAAAAUCCAAUGUUGUUGGUAGAGAGAAUGAGUUUGUGACUAGGAGAGACUAAACUUUUGUUUUCCUUACCCAGUAUAAAUAUAUAUAUAUAUAUUUAAUCUAUUUUUAUUAGAAGUUUUUCUGCUCUUUCUUACAUAAAAGAACCCCCAAGCAUGCAUCUUUCAUGUGUGUAAAUAAUUCAUUUCUGGGCUAAUUUCAAAAGAAUCCCAACAUUGCUGUAUAGAGAGAGAACUAGCUUGCACAUUUUAGGUCUGUGAAAUUUUGUGAGACUUUUCCUGCACUGGACAGUAAAAAAAAUAAAUAAAAGACAAA